CCCGAGAAGACAUGCGUACACCAUCACUCCUCUAGAGCUCUAGGCGAUCUCACCGGAAUCAAAAAGCAUUUCUGCCGGAAACAUGGCGAGAAGAAGUGGAAGUGCGAUAAAUGUGCCAAGAGAUACGCAGUCCAAUCUGAUUGUAAAGCUCAUUCCAAGACUUGUGGUACUAGAGAGUACCGUUGCGACUGUGGCACCAUAUUCUCCAGGCGUGACAGCUUCAUCACUCAUAGAGCUUUUUGCGAUGCCUUAGCGGAAGAAACGGCUAAGAUAAACGCAGCGUCUCAUCUCAACGGUUUGGCCGCCGCUGGAGCCGCAGGACCUCUUAAUCUCAACUAUCAAUAUCUCAUGGGAACACUAAUCCCACCGCUUCAACCAUUUGUACCUCUACCGCAAACAAAUCAAAACCAUCAUCAUCAACAUUUUCAGCCGCCACCUGCGUCGUCCUCAUCCCUCUCCCUAUGGAUGGGACAAGACAUGGCGCCGCCUCAACCGCAACCGCAAGACUACGACUGGGUUUUUGGAAACGCUAAGGCGGCAGCGUCUGAGUGCAUUGAUAACAACAAUAAUCACGAUGAGCUCAUUACACAAACCGCAAACGCAAGUUCGACCACUACUACUACUCUCUCUGUCCCUUCUUUGUUCAGCAACGACCAAUCUCAAAACGCAAACGUAAAUGCAAACGCGAACAUGUCGGCAACAGCGUUACUACAGAAAGCAGCUGAAAUUGGCGCCUCUUCGAUGACAACGGCGGCUACCAACGAUCCUUCAACGUAUCUUCAUAGUUUCCCGCUUAAAUCUUCAGAUCAGACCACCACUUACGACGCCGGCGAAAAGUUCUUUGCGUUGUUCGGAUCUAACAACAACAUUGGACUAAUGAGUCAUAGUCUUGAUCAGGAGACUGAGAACGCUAGAAAUGACGUUACGGUUGCGUCUGCAAUGGAUGAGUUACAGAACAACCCCUGGAAACGUAGAAGGGUUGAUGGAGGAGGGGAAGGAGGAGGAGGGCAAACUCGGGACUUCCUUGGGGUGGGUGUACAAACAUUGUGCCAUCCGUCGUCUAUCAAUGGUUGGAUUUGAAACAGUUUAAUAAAGUUUCUGAGGUCAAUGCAUAAAUAACGAAAAAGAAAAAGGAAUCUUUUGUAAUUUCCACCAUUUUCUAAAGAACACAUAUGGUAAUGGAAGUUGUUUCCUUUAAUUAAUUCAAGAUUUUAUUUAAAGCUUA